AUGAUGGCAUCAGACAAUUCUCACCCUGGCGAAGAAACUUUCCAGUUUCAAGCUGAAAUCAGUCAGCUUAUGAGUCUUAUUAUCAACACUUUCUACUCCAAUAAGGAAAUCUUUUUGAGAGAGUUGGUCUCCAAUUCUUCCGAUGCUUUGGAUAAGAUUAGAUACGAAUCUCUGACCGAUCCAAGUAAAUUGAAUACCAAUAAGGACCUUUUUAUCCAAAUAAUCCCUGACAAGGCCAACAAGACCCUCACCAUCAGAGAUUCCGGUGUCGGCAUGACCAAGGAAGACCUUAUCCGCAAUCUCGGAACAAUCGCCCGCUCGGGAACCAAGGCGUUCAUGGAGGCUCUUCAAGGGGGCGCUGAUAUUAGCAUGAUUGGUCAAUUUGGUGUCGGAUUUUAUUCUGCCUAUCUUGUGGCCGAUAGCGUCAGGGUUAUAUCUAAGCACAACGACGAUAUUCAGUAUGUUUGGGAAUCUGCUGCCGGUGGUCACUUCAAUGUAUAUCCAGAUGCCGCCGGUGAAUCACUCGGACGCGGUACCGCAAUCAUUUUGAAGAUGAAAGAAGACCAGCUUGAAUAUCUUGAAGAACGCAAGAUCCGUGACAUCAUUAAGAAGCAUUCUGAAUUCAUUGAAUAUCCGAUCCAGCUUUUUGUUACAAAGGAGGUUGAGAAGGAAGUCCCCCAAGAAGAGCAGGAGGAGACCGUUGUGGCCUCUGAGGAUUCUGACAAGCCUAAGGUCGAAGAAAUCGACGAAGAAGAAGAAUCUGAAGAAAAUAAAAAGCCUUCCGUCAAGAAAAUCAAAGAAAGCGUUUCCGAAUUUGAGCAGCUUAACAAAGUGAAGCCCAUUUGGACACGUAAUCACGAGGACGUCAAGCCUGAAGAAUAUGCUGCCUUCUACAAAACCUUGACCAAUGACUGGGAAGAUCAUCUCUCUGUGAAGCAUUUUUCGGCAGAGGGACAGCUUGAAUUCAAAGCAAUCCUCUUUGUCCCCAAGCGCGCGCCGUUUGAUCUUUUCGAGCAGCGCAAGAAACGCAACAACAUCAAGCUUUACGUUCGCCGUGUUUUCAUCACCGACGACUGCGAAGACUUGAUCCCGGAGUGGCUUAAUUUCAUAAAAGGAGUUGUUGACUCUGAGGAUCUUCCUCUCAACAUUUCCCGUGAAAUGCUUCAACAGAACAAGAUUCUCAAAGUUAUUCGCAAGACUCUUGUAAAGAAAUGUUUGGAAAUGUUUAACUCCAUCUCCGAAAACAAGGAGGAUUACAAAAAGUUCUACGAAAACUUUGGCAAAAACAUCAAGCUUGGCAUCCACGAGGAUUCUGCCAAUCGCGAAAAGCUUGCCGAGCUUUUGAGAUUCAAUUCAACCUAUGCCCGUGAUGAAAUGACAUCCUUGAAGGAUUACGUUGCCCGCAUGCCAGAAUCACAAAAGAAUAUUUACUACAUCACCGGUGAGUCUCUUAAAGCCGUAGAGAAUUCUCCCUUCCUCGAGGUGUUCAAGAAAAAGAAUUUCGAGGUUCUUUUCAUGGUUGAUCCCAUCGAUGAGUAUGCCACUCAACAGUUGAAAGACUUUGAGAGCAAGAAGCUGGUUCUCAUCACCAAAGAGGGCCUUGAAUUAGAAACAACCGAAGAAGAAAAGAAACAAAAAGAACAGGAAGUUAAGGAAUACGAGUCCUUCUGCGUCACCCUCAAAGAAAUUCUUGGGGAUAAAGUAGAAAAGGUUGUGGUCUCCGAUCGUGUUGUCGAUUCCCCAUGUGUUCUUGUAUCUGGCCAAUAUGGUUGGUCUGCAAACAUGGAACGCAUAAUGAAGGCCCAGGCUCUUCGUGAAUCUUCAAUGUCUACCUAUAUGGCCAGUAAAAAGACCCUUGAGCUCAAUCCGAGACACCCCAUUGUUCGCUCUUUGAAAGAGAAAUUCGAGGCCGAUAAGAAUGACAAGACCAUCAAGGAUCUUACUUUCUUACUUUUCGAGACCUCCCUUCUUUCCUCUGGAUUUUCAAUCGAAGACCCAUCGGCGUAUGCUACCAGGAUCCAUCGUAUCAUCAAAUUUGGCCUUAACAUUAAUGAGGAUGAUGUUUCGGUGGUUGAAGAUAAUAUUUCCACAUCUGCCAAUGCAUCCGCCGUUGCCGCUGCUGAAUCCAAGAUGGAGGAAGUAGACUAA